AACCGUAACUUUCCGAUAAAAAAUGUGUUUGACGUGUUUCUUAAUAUGUGUUGGCACACGAAAAAAAAAAAAAUAGUGACACGUCCACCCACCCUGUCAAACUUCCACAGUUCCUCUGUUCCUGUAUGAUAAAUUUUCAUGUUUUAACUAUUAAAAAUGCCGUUGCGCCUGGAUAUCAAGAGGAAGUUGACAGCGAGGUCGGACCGCGUCAAGUGCGUGGACCAGCACCCGACGGAGCCAUGGCUCCUGUGCUCCCUAUACAACGGUGACGUGAACAUAUGGAACUAUGAAACACAUUCGCAGAUCAAGAGAUUCGAGGUAUGCGACCUACCGGUGCGCGCCGCUAAGUUCGUGCCUCGCAAGAACUGGGUGAUUACUGGCUCCGAUGACAUGCAGAUUCGCGUGUUCAACUACAACACGCUUGAGAGAGUGCACGCCUUUGAGGCGCAUUCUGACUACGUCAGGUGCAUCGCGAUACAUCCCACACAGCCAUACAUCCUCACCAGCAGCGAUGACCUAUUGAUCAAGCUGUGGAACUGGGAACGCAACUGGGCAUGCCAGCAAGUGUUCGAGGGCCACACACAUUAUGUGAUGCAGAUCGUCAUCAACCCUAAAGACAACAACACAUUCGCUAGUGCUAGUCUCGACACCACCGUCAAAGUAUGGCAGCUUGGCUCUUCAAUUUCCAACUUCACACUAGAAGGCCACGAGAAAGGCGUAAACUGCGUCGACUACUACCACGGCGGCGACAAGCCUUACCUCAUAAGUGGUGCCGACGAUCGCCUCGUCAAAAUAUGGGACUACCAGAAUAAAACAUGUGUCCAGACAUUGGAGAGUCACACGCAGAAUGUGACAGCCGUGUCGUUCCACCCGGAGCUGCCGAUCCUGAUGACUGGCUCAGAGGACGGCACCAUCAGAAUAUGGCACGCGGGCACUUACAGACUUGAAUCCUCUCUCAACUAUGGCUUCGAGAGAGUCUGGACCAUUUCCUCCAUGCACGGCUCUAACAAUGUAGCUAUUGGUUACGACGAGGGCACGAUCAUGAUCAAGGUGGGCCGCGAAGAGCCGGCCAUUUCCAUGGACGUCAAUGGAGGCAAGAUUAUUUGGGCGAAACAUUCUGAGAUGCAGCAAGUCAACCUGAAGGCGUUGCCAGAAGGCACAGAGAUAAAAGAUGGGGAGCGGGUUCCAGUGAUGGCGAAGGACAUGGGAUCCUGUGAGAUUUAUCCUCAAACUAUAGCACACAACCCGAACGGUCGGUUCGUGGUAGUGUGCGGGGACGGCGAGUACAUUAUUUACACGGCCAUGGCACUUAGGAACAAGGCGUUCGGCACUGCACAGGAGUUCGUCUGGGCGUUUGAUAGCUCAGAGUAUGCGACACUUGAGAACUCCAGCACCAUCAAGGUGUUCAAGAACUUCAAAGAGAGAAAGAGUUUCAAGCCCGAGUAUGGUGCUGAAGGAAUAUAUGGCGGUUUCAUGUUGGGUGUGAAGUCCAUCAGCGGUGUGGCUUUCUCCUUCUACGACUGGGAGAACUUGGAGUUGAUCAGACGGAUUGAGAUCCAGCCGCGGCACGUGUACUGGUCGGAGAGCGGCAACCUGGUGUGCCUGGCGGCUGAUGACUCGUACUACGUGCUCAAGUAUAAUGCAGCUGUUGUGACGCGAGCUCGCGAAACCAACUCCAACAUCACAGAAGACGGCAUCGAAGACGCUUUUGAGGUCGUGGGUGCAGUGAACGAGGUGGUAAAGACAGGACUAUGGGUGGGCGACUGCUUCAUCUACACGAAUUCCUUGAACAGAAUAAACUACUACGUCGGCGGAGAGAUCGUCACCAUAUCCCACCUGGACCACACCAUGUAUAUCCUCGGAUACGUCGCCAAGGAGAACAGACUGUACCUAAAUGACAAGGAGUUGAACAUAGUGUCGUACUCGCUGCUGCUGUCGGUACUGGAGUACCAGACGGCGGUGAUGCGCGCAGACUUCGAGACAGCAGACCGUGUGCUCCCCACCAUACCCCAAGAGCAUCGCACCAGAGUCGCUCACUUCCUAGAGAAACAAAACACAACCGCUUGA